AUGGGGCAUCAGACUGCCAGCUUGUGGGUGCUAUGGCUGGCAUUGACCCUUUCAUAUGCCAUUGAUGUAAUUCCAGGUCAAAUCCGUAAUCAUGGUCACUACGUCUGCAGUACAUGGGGAAACUAUCACUUCAAGACCUUUGAUGGAGACUUUUACCAGUUUCCUGGCAGCUGCAGCUACAACUUUGCCUCCGACUGUAGAGACUCCUAUCAGGAAUUCUCCAUCCAUGUCCAUCGGUCAAUGGACAGCGGUCACCCGCUCAUAGACAAGAUUACCAUCACCAUCAAAGAUGUCAUCAUUCAAUUGAAAGGCAGCAUAGUGGUAGUGAACGGGGCCAUUGCCAAGACACCAUACUACAGCUUUGGGAUCCUCAUUCACAAAAAUGAUGCCUACUUCAAGGUGUACGCAAAAGUAGGAUUGACCCUCAUGUGGAAUAAGGAAGACGCACUCAUGCUGGAGCUUGACCCGAAGUUUAACAACCACACCUGUGGUCUGUGUGGGGAUUAUAAUGGCAUUCCCAUCUAUAAUGAGUUUCUUUCUGGGGAUAUCACUCUCAGUCCUGUGCAAUAUGGAAAUCUUCAGAAUAUCCAUGACCCAAAUGAUGAGUGCACAGACUCAGAUGAGACACAGAAGGCAGACACAUCACACUGCUCCCAAUAUCGCACGGUCUGUGAAGAACACUUGGCACAAUCUGCGUUUUCAGACUGUCAAAGUCUCCUCAAUGUGGAGCCCUACAUCCAGGCCUGCAUGCUGGACAUGUGCUCUUGUGAUCAGUCCCAAGACACCUUCUGCCUGUGCAGUACUAUCACCGAGUAUUCCAGACAGUGCUCUCAUGCAGGGGGACGCCCAGGCAACUGGAGAAGCAACAACUUCUGUCCUAAGCAGUGUCCUGCAAACAUGAUUUACCAAGAGAGUGCCUCCCCUUGCAAGAAUUCCUGCUCCCACCUAGAGAUACACAGUCUGUGUGAGGAGCAUUACAUGGAUGGAUGCUUCUGUCCAGCAGGCACUGUGCAGGAUGAUUACACUGACAAAGGCUGUGUGGCAGUUAGCGAGUGCCACUGCAAACAUCGAGGGAAACUGUAUAAACCAGGAGAAACAAUGCAGAAUGACUGUGAUGAAUGCUUCUGUAAUGCGGGAAGAUGGAACUGCACAGACCGCUCCUGCCCCGGAGUUUGCUCUAUUGAAGGAGGAGCCCAUUUCACCACUUUUGAUGGAAAGGCCUAUACUUUCCAUGGCAACUGUUACUAUGUGCUGUCUAAGGCAAGAAAUGAGUCACAUGCACUCUUAGGGGAGUUAACACCUUGUAGUUCUAUUGCAAGAGAGACUUGCCUGAAAUCUGUCAUACUCCUUACAGACAACCUGAAGAAUGUUGUGACCUUCAAAGCAGAUGGUACUGUGUUAUUGAAUGAUCUUAAAAUCACCCUGCCUCAUGUCACAGCCAGUUUCACCAUUCUGCAGCCCUCUGAUUCCUAUAUCAUUGCUCAAGUCACUAAUGGUCUCCAGAUUCAGAUUCAGCUGUUACCCAUGAUGCAGCUCUACAUCACUAUGGAGAAAUCUGCUAGGAGUCGUCUGCAAGGUCUUUGCGGAAACUUCAAUUCUAAGGAAGGAGAUGAUUUCAAAACAUCAGGAGGACUAGUCGAAGCCACAGCAUCAGCCUUUGCCAACACGUGGAAAGCACAACCCAGCUGCGAUGACAUGUCAGACUGGUUGGAUGAUCCCUGCAGCCUCAGCAUUGAAAACAAAAACUAUGCAGACUAUUGGUGUUCUAUGUUGGAAAAAACAGAGUCUCGAUUUGGCAUAUGUCAUUCUGCAAUAGACCCAACUGAAUAUGCAAAGAGAUGUCGCUAUGACUCAUGUGUCUGUAAAAACAGUGAGCUCUGCAUGUGUGCCGCUGUUUCAUCCUACGUCAGAGCCUGUGCUGCCAAAGGGAUCAUCCUGUGGGGAUGGAAAAAUGGCAUCUGUGAGAAGGACAUUACCUCUUGCCCAUCUUCCCAAGUCUAUCUGUAUAACCUGACUACGUGUCAGCCAACAUGUCGUUCCUUGGCAGAGGGAGAGAAAGCUUGCACUAGUGUGUUCACUCCAGUAGAUGGCUGUGCGUGUCCAGAUGGACAGUACCUGAAUGAGAAGGACCAGUGUGUACCUAUAUCCAAAUGUUCAUGCUAUUACCAUGGCACCUACUUGGAACCACUGGAUGUGUUCAACAAACAGGGUGAACGUUGCUCCUGCCACAAUGGGAAACUUAUUUGCAGCAGUCACACCAAUGACACUUGCCCCAAGGGAAAGGACUACUUUGACUGUAACAAGGUCCAAUCAGAUGUUGCAGGUGCCAAAAGUCACAGGAGCUGCAAGACACUCAGUGUGGAAUAUUUUCAGACAGAGUGUAUCUCAGGAUGUGUUUGCCCUGAUGGUCUCCUAGAUGAUGGCGCUGGAGGAUGUGUUCCUGAAGACAGGUGUCCUUGUGUCCAUAAUGAAGAUAUUUUUCCCCAUGGGACUCAGGUCAAGGUGGACUGCAAUACAUGCCUUUGCCAGAGAGGAAGAUGGAGCUGCACUAAUGCUAUAUGUUAUGGCACAUGUGCAAUCUAUGGAAACGGUCAUUAUAUCACAUUUGAUGAAAAAUUUUAUGACUUUGAUGGGAAUUGUGAAUUUGUGGCUGCCCAGGAUUACUGUGGUCCUAACCAUUCUGAUGGCAACUUUAGUAUCAUCACAGAGAACAUUCCGUGCGGAACCACUGGCGUUACCUGUUCAAAGUCCAUCAAAGUUUUUCUUGGGAGCACGGUACUGAAGUUAGCAGAAAAACACUUAGAGGAAACUGUAGGGCAGGGUGGAAAACGUGUGCAGUAUUUGACACGAGAAGUCGGCGUUUACCUGGUCAUUGAAGCAAGCAAUGGUAUUCUACUGAUCUGGGACAGAAAAACCACAAUAUUCAUCAAGGUGUCACCUGAAUACAAGGGUAAAUUGUGCGGUUUGUGUGGAAACUUUGAUGAUAAUUCACAAAAUGACUUAACAACCAGCCACAUGUUACAAGUCACUGAUGUAUUGGAGUUCGGAAACAGCUGGAAGGUUGACCCUACCUGUCCUGACGCAACAGAUGUGGUGAAUCCCUGCAGUCAGAACCCGCAUCGCCAGUCCUGGUCUGAGAAGCAGUGCGGCUUAAUCAAAAGCCAAGUUUUCAAAGUCUGCCACAGCAAGGUGGACCCAAAGCCAUUUUACGAAGCGUGUGUAAAUGAUGCCUGCUCAUGUGACAGUGGUGGAGACUGUGAAUGUUUCUGUACUGCGGUUGCAGCCUACGCUCAGGAAUGCACCAAAAAAGAAGCUUGUGUCUACUGGAGAACACCUGAUAUUUGCCCCAUAUUUUGUGACUACUACAAUCCGAAGGAUGAGUGCGAGUGGCAUUAUCACCCAUGUGGUAAUCACAACAUACAGACAUGCCGAUCUAUCAAUAAUGUCUAUACUAAUGUCACCAUCACUUAUCUGGAAGGCUGCUACCCAACUUGCCCAAAAGAUAAACCUAUUUUUGAUGAGUCAAAGAAGAUAUGUGUGACCAAGGAGGAAUGCGGUUGUUACAUUAAUAACACAUACUAUGAGAUUGGUGAUAAGGUGCCUUCUCAUGAGGAAUGUUACACAUGUGUAUGUUCAGCAGAAUCAAAACUGGACUGUUACUAUAAUCAAUCAGAUUGUGCCUGUCCCCCUUCAGGUGUCUGUUCCACUACAAUACCCACAACCACAGCCACCACUACUGUCACCACUGCUCCGACAACCACCAGUCUGACCACAACAGUCAGCAGCACAGUCUCUUUGACUUCAACAACCCAACAAUCUUCAACGUGUGUUUAUGAGGAGGUGUGCCAAUGGACACAGUGGUUUGAUGUCAGCAAGCCUGGUGAAUCCCUGCAUAGUGGCGAUUAUGAAACAUAUGAUGAGAUAAGGAAACACCAUAAAUUCUGUGAUUUGCCCGAUCAGAUUGAUCAGAUACAAUGCAGAGCAGUAAAUGCACCUGAUGUCAGUUUGGAUGAUCUGAAACAGAACGUUCACUGCAAUGUAUCAUAUGGACUCAUCUGCAGGAACAGUGAGCAAGAGCUGGAUGAUAACCUCUGGCAGAAGUGCUUCAACUAUGAGAUCAGAGUAUACUGCUGCAGCAUGGAAUGUUGGCAUUCCACUACACAUACCACAACUCCCAGUACCACAACAACCACCACAACACCAACCACCACAACACCAACUACUACUCCUAUUGUCACUAGUACAGUUACUACAACCCCUGAGCCUCCAAAUGAAACCACAACACCAACUACUACUCCUAUUGUCACUAGUACAGUUACUACAACCCCUAAGUCUACAACUACAACCACAACACUAACUACUACUCCUAUUGUCACUAGUACAGUUACUACAACCCCUGAGUCUCCAACUGAAACCACAACACCAACUACUACUCCUAUUGUCACUAGUACAGUUACUACAACCCCUGAGUCUACAACUGUAACCACAACACCAACUACUACUCCUAUUGUCACUAGUACAGUUACUACAACCCCUGAGUCUCCAACUGAAACCACAACACCAACUACUACUCCUAUUGUCACUAGUACAGUUACUACAACCCCUGAGUCUACAACUGUAACCACAACACCAACUACUACUCCUAUUGUCACUAGUACAGUUACUACAACCCCUGAGUCUCCAACUGAAACCACAACACCAGCUACUACUCCUAUUGUCACUAGUAAAGUUACUGCAACCCCUGAGUCUACAACUGUAACCACAACACCAACUACUACUCCUAUUGUCACUAGUACAGUUACUACAACCCCUGAGACUACAACUGUAACCACAACACCAACUACUACUCCUAUUGUCACUAGUACAGUUACUACAACCCCUGAGUCUACAACUGUAACCACAACACCAACUACUACUCUUAUUGUCACUACUACUAGUACAGUUACUACAACCCCUGAGUCUCCAACUGAAACCACAACACCAACUACUACUCCUAUUGUCACUAGUAAAGUUACUACAACCCCUGAGUCUACAACUGUAACCACAACACCAACUACUACUCCUAUUGUCACUAGUACAGUUACUACAACCCCUGAGUUUCCAACUGAAACCACAACACCAACUACUACUCCUAUUGUCACUAGUACAGUUACUACAACCCCUGAGUCUACAACUGUAACCACAACACCAACUACUACUCCUGCUGUUACUAGUACAGUUACUACAACCCCUGAGUCUCCAACUGAAACCACAACACCAACUACUACUCCUAUUGUCACUAGUACAGUUACUACUACCACUGAGUCUACAACCACAACUCCAACUACUACUUUUUCUCCAACUACUACCACAAUAGAGACAAGGACUCCAGAACCUACAACUACAUCAACUACAACACAACCCACAACUACCAGCCCCACUACUACCAGUGUAACAACAACUGCACCUCCGACCGUCACUACCACAGAGACUGAGGAAACAACUCCACAGACUUCUACACCAGAGACAUCUACACCCACCACUACACAGACUACAACCACCACAACUCAGAGUACGACAACAUCAGUAACUACAACUACUCCUGAGAUAACAACUACUCCAGAGACAUCUACUCCCACCACUACAGAGACCACAAGCACCACAACUGAGAGUACAACAUCGGUGACUACAUCUCCAACAACCAUCACUACUGAAACAACACCUACUACUACAACUCCUACCACCACACAGACCACAGCCACUACAACUCACAGUACAACACCAUCUGUGCCUUCCUCAACAAGCACCACUACUGAAACUACUCUGGAGACUACAACCCUAUCCACUACAAGGACCAUGCCAACAACUACAUAUAUUGUGUGUGUCCCUGACUGCUCGUGGUCAGAGUGGUUUGAUGUCAGUUAUCCUAAAUAUGAACCCGAUGGAGGAGAUUAUGAGACCUAUGAGAACAUCAAGAAUGCCGGCCAUGAAGUGUGUGAGAAGCCAGAGAACAUUUCCUGCAGAUCACAGAAAUUGCCAGAUAGACCACUGGAUGACCUGGGGCAGAAAGUGACAUGUGAUGUCUCCUAUGGGCUCAUCUGUAACAACAAAGACCAAGAUGGGGUCUUACCUGUGUGUUACAACUAUGAGAUAAAGGUGUACUGCUGUAGACUCCCACCUUACUGCGUAUCUACAACCACUGCAACCACCACAGCACCCACAACUCAGAGUACAACAACAUCAGUAACAACAACACCAACAACCACGGUUACUACGACUGCAACUACUCCAGAGAAAACAACUACUCCAGAGACAUAUACUCCUACCGUUACAGAGACUCCAACCACUACCACGACUGAGAGUACAACAUCAGUGACUACAUCCCCAACAACCACCAUCACUGAAACUACACCUACUACUACUUCAGGGACCGCUCCUACCACUACAUACACCACAACCACCACAACACCAUCUGCGUCUUCCACAACAACACGCACCACUACUGAAACUACUCCGGAGACUACAACUCCAUCCACUACAGUGACCACACCUCCAACUACAACACCUCACUGUGUCCCUGACUGCUCGUGGUCAGAGUGGUUUGAUGUCAGUUAUCCUAAAUAUGAACCCGAUGGAGGAGAUUAUGAGACCUAUGAGAACAUCAAGAAUGCCGGCCAUGAAGUGUGUGAGAAGCCAGAGAACAUUUCCUGCAGAUCACAGAAAUUGCCAGAUAGACCACUGGAUUACCUGGGGCAGAAAGUGACAUGUGAUGUCUCCUAUGGGCUCAUCUGCAACAACAAAGACCAAGAUGGGGUCUUACCUGUGUGUUACAACUAUGAGAUAAAGGUGUACUGCUGUCGCCCACUCCCAGAUUUUUGUGUAUCUCCAACCACUCCAAUUACCACAGCACCCACAACUCAGAGUACAACCACGUCAGUAACAACAACACCAACAACCACGGUUACUACGACUGCAACUACUCCAGAGAAAACAACUACUCCAGAGACAUAUACUCCUACCGUUACAGAGACUCCAACCACUACAACUCCAUCCACUACAGUGACCACACCUCCAACUACAACACCUCACUGUGUCCCUGACUGCUCGUGGUCAGAGUGGUUUGAUGUCAGUUAUCCUAAAUAUGAACCCGAUGGAGGAGAUUAUGAGACCUAUGAGAACAUCAAGAAUGCCGGCCAUGAAGUGUGUGAGAAGCCAGAGAACAUUUCCUGUAGAUCACAGAAAUUGCCAGAUAGACCACUGGAUUACCUGGGGCAGAAAGUGACAUGUGAUGUCUCCUAUGGGCUCAUCUGCAACAACAAAGACCAAGAUGGGGUCUUACCUGUGUGUUACAACUAUGAGAUAAAGGUGUACUGCUGUCGCCCACUCCCAGAUUUUUGUGUAUCUCCAACCACUCCAAUUACCACAGCACCCACAACUCAGAGUACAACCACGUCAGUAACAACAACACCAACAACCACGGUUACUACGACUGCAACUACUCCAGAGAAAACAACUACUCCAGAGACAUCUACUCCUACCGUUACAGAGACUCCAACCACUACAACUCCAUCCACUACAGUGACCACACCUCCAACUACAACACCUCACUGUGUCCCUGACUGCUCGUGGUCAGAGUGGUUUGAUGUCAGUUAUCCUAAAUAUGAACCCGAUGGAGGAGAUUAUGAGACCUAUGAGAACAUCAAGAAUGCCGGCCAUGAAGUGUGUGAGAAGCCAGAGAACAUUUCCUGCAGAUCACAGAAAUUCCCAGAUAGACCACUGGAUUACCUGGGGCAGAAAGUGACAUGUGAUGUCUCCUAUGGGCUCAUCUGCAACAACAAAGACCAAGAUGUUGUCUUACCUGUGUGUUACAACUAUGAGAUAAAGGUGUACUGCUGUCGCCCACUCCCAGAUUUUUGUGUAUCUCCAACCACUCCAAUUACCACAGCACCCACAACUCAGAGUACAACCACGUCAGUAACAACAACACCAACAACCACGGUUACUACGACUGCAACUUCUUCAGAGAAAACAACUACUCCAGAGACAUAUACUCCUACCGUUACAGAGACUCCAACCACUACCACGACUGAGAGUACAACAACAUCCCCAACAACCAUCACCACUGAAACUACACCUACUAUUACUUCAGGGACCGCUCCUACCACUACAUACACCACAAGCACCACAACUCGCAGUACAACACCAUCUGUGCCUUCAUCAUCAACACGCACCACUACUGAAACUACUUCGGAGACUACAACCCCAUCCACUACAAGGAUCACACCUCCAACUACAACAUCUUACUGUGUCCCUGACUGCUCAUGGUCAGAGUGGUUUGAUGUGAGUUAUCCUAAAUAUGGACCUGAUGGAGGAGAUUAUGAGACCUAUGAGAAUAUCAGGAAUGCCGACCAUGAUGUGUGUGAGAAGCCAGAGAACAUUUCCUGCAGAGCACUGAAAUUCCCAGAUAGACCACUGGAUGACCUGGGGCAGAAAGUGACAUGUGAUGUCUCCUAUGGGCUCAUCUGUAACAACAAAGACCAAGAUGGGGUCUUAUCUCUGUGUUACAACUAUGAGAUAAAGGUGUACUGCUGUAGACUCCCACCUUACUGCGUAUCUACAACCACUGCAACCACCACAGCAACCACAACUCAGAGUACAACAACAUCAGUAACAACAACACCAACAACCACGGUUACUGCGACUGCAACUACUCCAGAGAAAACAACUACUCCAGAGACAUCUACUACCACCACUACAGAGACUCCAACCACUACCACAACUGAGAGUACAACAUCAGUGACUACAUCUCCAACAACCACCACUAGUGAAACUAUACCUACUACUUCAGAGACAGCUCCUACCACUACACAGAUCACAACUGAAACUACAAGAACCACACUUCCAACUACAAAACCUACAACUACAUCAACUACAGAACAACCCACCACUACCAGUGUAACAACAACUACACCACUGACCAUCACUACCACAGAGUGCACCACAGAGACUGAGGAAACAACUCCACUUACUACGACUACAACUACUCCAGAGAUAACAACUACGCCAGAGACAUCUACUCCCACCACUACAGAGACUCCAACCACCACAACUGAGAGUACAACAUCAGUGACUACAUCCCCAACAACCAUCACUACUGAAAUUACUCCUUUUCUUGAUACUUCUACUACUUCAGAGACAUCUCCUACCACUACACUGAUCACAACCACCACAACUCACAGUACAACACCAUCUGUGCCUUCAACAACAAGUACCACUACUGAAACAACUCCGGAGACUACAACUUCCUCCACUAUAGUGACCACAACCACCACAACUGAGAGUACCACUUCUGCCACAUCUCCAACAACCAUCUAUACUGAAUCUACAACUAUUCCAACUUCUUCUCAGACAACACCUACCACAACAAAGAGCACAACCCCAACAACACCAUCUGUGCCAUCGCCAACAACAAUCACCACAACAGGUUCAGCUACAACAAAGACACGUCCUACUACAUCCAUACGUGUUGACAUCAGUACAUUUACAACAACGACUACAACACCUAACUCUGAAGAAGUUCAAGUGAACAGCACAACACCUGUGACUCCUAAUCCGACACCUACUAUAAAGCCAUCAUCGACUGUAACAACUACAACACUGCCAACAACUACUUCAGUUACCACAACGCCUUUAACAACCACCACAACUGAGACAACCAUCUCAUCUUCUACAAUGUGUGUUUGUGUGUACAGUGGCACAACGUAUCCACCAGGUAUAAUAACCAGCGGUGUAGCCAAUGACACUUGGUGCUACAGAGUAAUAUGUAGCAGGCAGUGCAAAGUACAUGUGCACCAAUGGCCUUGUACUAGUCCUUCAACUACUACUCCAACAACAACUACAGAAAGUACUACAACUACAGAACCAACCACUACUACUCCGGAAGUUACAACAACCCCAGGAACCACUACAACUACAGAAGGCACAACAACCCCAGGAACCACUACAACUACAGAAGGUACAAAAACCCCAGGAACCACUACAACUACAGAAGGCACAUCAACCCCAGGAACCACUACAACUACAGAAGGUACAACAACCCCAGAAACCACUACAACUACAGAAGGCACAUCAACCCCAGGAACCACUACAACUACAGAAGGUACAACAACCUCAGUAACCACUACAACUACAGAAGGCACCUCAACCCCAGGAACAACUACAACUACAGAAGGUACAACAACCUCAGGAACCACUACAACUACAGAAGGUACAACAACCACAGGAACCACUACAACUACAGAAGGCACAUCAACCCCAGGAACCACUACAACUACAGAAGGUACAACAACCUCAGGAACCACUACAACUACAGAAGGCACAUCAACCCCAGGAACAACUACAACUACAGAAGGUACAACAACCUCAGGAACCACUACAACUACAGAAGGUACAACAACCCCAAGAACCACUACAACUACAGAAGGCACAUCAACCCCAGGAACCACUACAACUACAGAAGGUACAACAACCUCAGGAACCACUACAACUACAGAAGGCACCUCAACCCCAGUAACAACUACAACUACAGUAGGUACAACAACCCCAGCAACAACUACAGAAGGCACAACAACCCCAGGAACCACUACAACUAAAGAAGGCACAACAACCCCAGGAACCACUACAACUACAAAAGGCACAUCAACCCCAGGAACCACUACAACAACAGAAGUCACAACAACCCCAGGAACCACUACAACUACAGAAGGUACAACAACCCCAGGAACCACUACAACUUCAGAAGGCACAUCAACCCCAGGAACCACUACAACUACAGAAGGCACAACAACCCCAGGAACCACUACAACUACAGAAGGCACAACAACCCCAGGAACCACCACAACUACAGAAGUCACAACAACCCCAGGAACCACUACAACUUCAGAAGGUACAAAUACCCCAGGAACCACUACAACUACAGAAGGUACAACAACCCCAGGAACCACUACAACUACAGAAGGCACAACAACCCCAGGAACCACUACAACUACAAAAGGCACAACAACCCCAGGAACCACUACAACUACAGAAGUCACAACAACCACAGGAACCACUACAACUACAGAAGGUACAACAACCCCAGGAAGCACUACAACUACAGAAGUCACAACAACCCCAGGAACCACUACAACUACAGAAGGUACAACAACCCCAGGAACCACUACAACUACAGAAGGCACAACAACCCCAGGAACCACUACAACUACAGAAGGCACAACAACCCCAGUAACCUCUACCAGCAGUAGUCAAACUACAGAAAGUACUAUAUCACAUCCUACUAGCACGCCACCACAAACUACCACUACAAAGGGAUCCACAACACAUAGUACUACAACUUCAAAGUCCACAUCUACAACACUCAUGGUCCCUUCUACUACUAAGAAGCCUGGUUGUCCCUUUGAGCCUAAUCGUGAGUACAAUGAAACGUGGAUGCUGUGUAACUGUACCAUGGCCAGAUGUCUGGAAAAUAACACAGUAGAGAUCAUUGAGUUAAAGUGUGAGCCUCCACCUUUGAUCACAUGUGCCAAUGGGCGCCCACCAAUAGCUGUACCAGAUGAUGACCUUUGCUGCUGGCACUGGGAGUGUGACUGUGUAUGUACUGGCUGGGGCGAUCCUCAUUAUGUCACGUUUGAUGGGACGUAUUAUAGCUAUCAAGGCAACUGUACCUAUACUCUAGUGGAGGAGAUUGAAGAGAGGGUUGAUAACUUUGGAGUAUACAUUGAUAGCUAUGACUGUGGAGCACUAGACCGGGUCUCCUGUCCUCGUAACAUCAUUGUUCGACAUGAAUCUCAGGUCAUCCGCAUUGAGACAAUAAGCUUGACAUCACUGAAUUUACAGGUUGUUGUAAAUGGAGAAGUUGUUGGAACUCCCUUUAAAAAAUAUGGAGUGAAAGUUUACAAAUCUGGAAUUAAUUAUGUGGUGGAAAUACCUGAGCUGGAGGCUAAUAUCAUGUACAAUGGCUUGGCUUUCUCUAUUAAGCUGCCAUAUCGGCUUUUUGGACAUAACACACAAGGACAGUGUGGUACUUGCACCAACAACAAAACAGAUGACUGCAUGACACGCAGCGGAGAAAUUGUGUCAAACUGUGAACUUAUGGCUGAUACCUGGAUAGUACCAGAUCCAAGGAAACCUGGAUGUGGCCACAUCAGACCUACAUUACCCCCCAAAGUCACUAAACCUCCCACCCCCUGCACACCAUCGCCAUUGUGCAACCUCAUCAAUGGACCAACUUUCCAGGCUUGCCAUAAGACUAUAGACCCAAGAGAUUUCUAUGAAGCUUGCACUUAUGACAGCUGCCAUGUUACUGACUCCAACAUUGAAUGCACCAGUUUGCAGCACUAUGCUCUCCUGUGCGGAGAUCAGGGAAUAUGCAUUGAAUGGAGGAAAGUAGCCCCAGAAUGUGCUAUUUCCUGCCCAUCACACCAAGUCUACAAUGCCUGUGGCCCAGCCUUGUCAAGAACUUGUCAAACCACUCCCGAAGAAGAUACAUUACUGAAUAAUGAGAAACAUUUGGUUGAGGGCUGCUUCUGCCCACCGGGUACUAUGGCCUUCAGCCCAGGCGCGGAUGUUUGUGUACGCACUUGUGGAUGUGUUGGACCUGACAAUAUACCACGAAAGUUUGGAGAUGUGUUCCAGCUUGACUGCCAGGACUGCGUUUGCAGAGAGGGCGGCAGUGGAAUCACAUGUCAGAAGCAUGAGUGCCGACCAUUGCAAAAAGUAGGGUGUGCGCUGGAAGGUUUCUAUCCUGAGAUAGUGUUCAGCCCCUCUGAUGUCUGCUGCAAUGAGACUGUGUGCAAGUGUGACACCAGCCUGUGCUCAUCCAAAUCUCCUAAGUGCGGACUUGGCUAUGAAGCCGUUGGUGGCAUUCCAGAGGGACAUUGCUGUCCUGUGUAUACGUGUGUUAAAAAGCGAGUCUGUGUGCAUGGAAAUGCUGAGUACAUGCCUGGAGCUUCAGUCUUCUCCGAUAAGUGCCAGAGCUGUGUGUGCUCAGAGAGUGCAAACAGCACUACAGGGUUGGAAAUAAAAUGCGCACAUGUACCCUGCAGCGUGCAGUGCCCACUGGGCUUUGAACUGAAGAAUAGCCCACGGGAGUGCUGUGGAACGUGUGAACAGACUCACUGUGUCCUAAAUCAGGAUGGUUCACAGCAUCUCAUGAAGAAUGGAGAAAUGAUUCGGUCUGAGAAUGAUAACUGUACUGUGUACAGCUGCAUUGUGAUCAAGAAGCAGUUCAUUACGUCUGUCUCACAAAUCUCCUGCCCUUACUUUAAUGAAGAUGAAUGUGAACCUGAUACCAUACAACUUCUACCUAAUGGCUGCUGUAAAAUAUGUAUUGAGAAGACAACCUCCUGUCAGUUACAGCAAUACUCCGAUUAUCUGUCCCACAAUAACUGCAGAACUACAGAUAUGGUGAAGAUGUCUCGGUGUGAAGGGACCUGUGGAACCUUUUCAAUCUACUCAGCAGCUGCCAGGUCAAUGUCGCAUAAAUGUACCUGCUGCCAGGAGGUACAGACCAGCCAGAAACAUAUCAUGCUGCAGUGUUCUGACGGAAGUCAGGUUGACCAUGAGUACAUUGAUGUGGAGAAAUGUGACUGUGUAAACACUGACUGUGGAGCAGCGACAUCGGUUGCGGAAAAGACACCUGUUCGUUCUCGUCGAUCUGUAAACAGAAGACUGAAAAAUACAAUAUAAACUUAAUAUAUUCCAUCACUAAUAUAUUGUAUUUUUGCAAAAUGUAAUUGUAUUUCUUUUUAAAAAUAAAGCACUUAUCUCAUAUA